UUUUCAAUCCAAACUAGAAAGGAAAAUCUUGUCUUAUUUUUUUAACUUGAUUAGCAAAAUGAGUUGGGCAAACAGGGUGAUGUUGGCGGUGGCGGUGGUGGCGGCGGCGCUCCUAAGGGGAGGCAUGGCGCAGUCGGGGUGCACGGUGGCGCUGAUGAGCCUGAGCCCGUGCCUAAACUACGUGUCUGGCAACUCGUCUGAUCCCUCAUCGUCGUGCUGCUCUAGCCUAUCAAGCGUGGUGGACUCACAACCGCAGUGCCUGUGCACCCUGCUCAAAGGCGGGGGCUCCAGCUUGGGUAUCACAGUGAAUCAGACCCUCGCCCUUGCUCUGCCCGGGGUCUGCAAGGUGCAGACUCCUCCAAUGAGCCGGUGCGAUGAUGUGAAUGGAUCACCAACUUCUGCGCCCGCGCCUGGUGAUGCUCUUUCUGGAUCUCCUGACGAGACGGUUGAUGAUCCGACGACGCCAUCCGUGACGGACACUCCAUCGGGUGCAGGGUCGAAGACAGUUCCUAGGGCAGACGGAUCGAGCAAUUCAGGAAGCAAUGUGGGAGCAAAAAUGAGCCUUGUUGGGUUGAUGAUGGCUUCAUUGUGGGCUCUUUCUUGAACACGAUUUCCCACAAAUUUGAAACAUGAUGGAUGUUAUUUGUUGUUUUGUUUAAUGAUUUGGUGUAAUGUGUUAUUCGUUGGGCUUGUUUAUUAUAGACAAAGUUCGUGCAUUGAUUAUACAAGGA